UAAAUAGAGAGUGGUACAUGUGUUACAUGUGUGUUUUUGAAGUUGCAAUAAGUUUUUUUGUCUUUAGUUGUUUCCUUCUCAUUUUCGUCCAGUAUUUACAAUGCCACACAUAGAUAAAGUGAAAUUAGCCUCCCUACAACAAAAUUUGAGUCGUAUUCGUAACAUUUGUAUACUGGCACAUGUUGAUCAUGGCAAAACAACAUUAGCUGACUCCUUGGUAGCUAGUAAUGGAAUCAUAUCGCAAAAAAUGGUUGGCAAGCUGCGGUACAUGGACAGCCGAAGCGAUGAACAGGAACGAGGCAUUACAAUGAAAAGCAGUUCGAUAUCCUUGCACUACACGGACCGUAAGGAGAGCAACGAAUUUCUGAUCAAUUUGAUCGAUUCACCGGGGCAUGUGGAUUUCUCCAGUGAAGUGUCAACAGCGGUACGACUGUGUGACGGUGCUAUAGUUUUGGUCGAUGUGGUCGAAGGGGUUUGUUCGCAGACACGGAUUUGUCUGAAACACGCUUACAUGGAAAAUCUGAAACCGAUUUUGGUGUUGAACAAAAUCGAUCGUCUGAUCACCGAGAAAAAAUUGUCGGCCCUGGAUGCCUAUGUUUACAUAUCGCAGGUGUUGGAGCAGGUCAAUGCAGUUGUGGGAAAUCUUUUUGCCACCGACGUUAUGUCUAAAGAAACACCAGCAGAUACGCAUGACUGCGGUCUUGAAGAUGCAGACGACUCAACGUUGUACUUUGCGCCCGAAAACGGAAAUGUGGUCUUCUGUUCAGCAGUGGAUAAUUGGGCAUUCACAGUUGCCGAUUUUGCUCAAAUGUAUGCACCGAAACUGGACAUUCCAGUGAAUGUGCUCACCGAUUCUUUGUGGGGAGACUUUUACUACAACGCAAAAGAGAAACGAGUCAUUCCCGGUGCACAAGAAAAGGCCAAGAAACCGAUGUUCGUUCAAUUCAUUUUGGAAAAUAUAUGGAGCCUGUACGACGUGUUGCUGGUACGUAAAGACAAAGAGAAAAUUCCAAUGAUAACAGAGAAACUGGGCAUAAAAUUGACCACACGUGACCUACGGCACACCGAUCAUCGGAUUCAAUUGCAAGCGAUUUUUGCUCAAUGGUUGCCAAUUGAAAAAGCCGUUCUAGAAAUGGUUGUCCAACAAAUUCCAGCGCCGGGUUCCAUGUCCGACGAAAAGGCUGAACGGUUGAUGUGUUCGUUGAAUCAGAACUUCUCCUCACUUCCGGCUGAAACUCAAGCGUUGAAAAAGGAAUUUCAGAAAUCGGAUAAGAAUAGUGACACCGUCAUCGCUUUCAUAUCGAAGAUGAUUCCAGUAAGCAAAGACUCAUUGCCCGAUAACAAACCGAGGUCUUUGACGGUCGAAGAGAUGGAGAAGAGACGUGCUAUAGCCCGACAACGACAUCAAGAACAACAAUUAGCCAAAUCCGAAGCACUCAAGGAAACAGUUGAUGGAGUGACUACCGAACUUCAGGAAAAGCUUACCGUCGACGACACUAAACAAACGGACGUUGGUGACGACGAAGACGACGUGUUCAUUGGAUUCGCCAGAGUUUACAGUGGUACAUUAAGAAAAGGUGCAAAGCUAUACGCAUUGAUGCCCAAACAUGAUCCACGAUCGUUAGACAUAUCAAAUCCCCUGUCGUCACCGUACAUGUUCGAAGUGACAAUUGAAAAUUUAUUCCUUUUGAUGGGUCGCGACUUGGAAGAUCUCGAUGAAGUGCCUGCGGGAAAUAUUGUUGGCAUCGGAGGCCUUCAAAAUCAUGUAUUAAAAACGGCCACCAUCUCGACCAGUUUUUAUUGCCCAUCCUUUUCUGAAAUGCAAAUGAUGGCCACACCCAUUCUGCGAGUAGCUGUCGAAACUGAAAACACUUUCGACAUGCCAAAAUUACUGAAAGGAUUCAAACUACUUAAUCAGGCCGAUGCAUGCGUGCAAAUUAUCGUGCAGGAAAAUGGGGAGCAUGUACUGCUGACACUAGGCGAAGUGCAUUUGGAACGUUGUAUUGCUGAUUUGGAGCAGAGAUACGCUAAAGUGAAAUUGAAUGUUUCGUCGCCCAUUAUACCGUUCAGGGAGACUAUUGUUCCCGAUGCUAAGGUCGACAUGGUCAACGAAAUUAUUGUUACGAAUGAUGAGAACGCGGAUAAGUCAGUGACCAUUCAUUACGCAAACAAGCAAUGCAAAUUGAAAGUCUUAGCUCUGCCACUAGAUGAGGAAAUCGUUCGAAUUUUAGAUGAAAAUACGGAUACACUGAAAGCACUAUCAAAGUCAUCAAUGAUUCCACUGUCCGAUCGAAUGACAUUGGCUCUAAAUGAUUUGAAAACGAAAUUAUCGAAAAGCUUCCAAAGCUCGACCAUCGUUCAAUUGAAAACAUCCGACUCCAUCGAUCGCGUAUGGAGCAUUGGUCCGAAGAAGUGUGGCAACAAUAUUCUGCUUAACUGCACCGAUUUUGUUCAUAAACCAUUUUGGACGGCACUCAACGAAUCGAAAUCAGUUACGGAUGCAUACGGUCGUAAUGAUUUCGAAAAUUCGUUUCUGAAUGGCUUUCAACUGUCCACGUUGUCGGGACCGAUAUGCGAGGAACCGAUGCAUGGUGUUUGCUUUAUAGUCGAAGAAUGGACUCUGAGUGAGGCUGACACAUCAGGCAUUAUGUCCGGUCAAAUCAUUUCAACUGUUAAGGAAGCGUGCAGGAAAUCUUUCCAGAAUCAGUCGCAACGUUUAGUGACGCCGAUGUAUGCAUGUAACAUUGUAUGUAGUGCCGAUGUAUUGGGUCGAAUGUAUGCAGUAAUUGGACGUCGCCAUGGUCGCAUACUGUCCGCCGAUUUAACACAAGGCAGCGGCACAUUCACGGUAAUGGCCGUUAUACCAGUUAUCGAAUCUCUGAACUUUGCUCAAGAUAUUCGAAAACAAACAUCUGGGCUAGCCUGUCCGCAGCUUACGUUUAGCCAUUGGGAGGUGGUCGAUAUUGAUCCAUACUGGGUUCCAUCAACUGAAGAGGAGUACUUGCAUUUCGGCGACAAAGCAGAUUCCCAGAAUCGAGCUAAACUCUACAUGGAUUCAGUAAGGAAGCGAAAAGGUUUAAUGGUCGAGGAGAAGCUUGUUGAACAUGCUGAAAAGCAAAGAACUUUAUCGAAAAAUAAGUAAAAAUGAAAUUGGCUGAUGUGUGUGUAAAACGAACCGUAUAAAUUGAUGAAUUUUAUAAAGAGUUUGUCGGAAGUGGAAAAA